AUUCUGAUUCAGUGCAAUUCAGUGCCUUUCAGGCGGCGGUUCACGCAGGUUGACACCUCGCAGUUGUACUGUGCUGUGCAUGACUGUAUUCAGUGUUUCCCGUGCUAAGAGAAUGGCAUGCAUAAGGAUGUAGCAUUGUUAUAUCCGUUAACAUAACUAAUUUCACGUUCUACUGCAGUGUCAGUAACUGUGAAAUAAACGUAAAAUCGUCCUUUAUCAUUAUCUGUCGUGAAUAUUGAAAUAUAUUUGUUUCAUCAUACGUUAAAUUGAAAUUACUGUACGUGCCACUGGGAAGAAUUUGUAAGUGUAUGUAGUGAAAGUUGAUCGUGCUUUGACCUAAUUUGGUUCCUCCUGUCUCUGGGAGAUGAUGUGUAUUUGAAAAUAAGAGAAAUCCGUUACAUAAUAAUUAUUAAUGAGAAUACACAUCGUGAUCCACGUACGACUUUAACGAAAAUUUAAAUUGCUAUUAUGACGAGUACGGAUGCACGUGACGUAAUCCGAGUCGGAUCUCGAAAAAGCGAGUUAGCUCUAAUUCAAACAAGAUAUGUGAUCGAUUGUUUGAAAGAGUAUCAUCCGUCAAAGGAAUUUGAAAUAGUUACAAUGUCUACAAAAGGGGAUAAAAUCUUGGAUAAACCAUUACCCAAAAUUGGAGAAAAGUCUUUAUUUACAGAAGAAUUGGAGCUUGCAUUAGAAAAUGGUCAUGUUGACUUUUUAGUACAUUCAUUAAAAGAUUUACCAACAGCAUUACCAGAAGGAAUGGUUUUAGGUGCAAUAUUAAAGCGAGAAGAUCCACGCGAUGCAGUUGUUAUGUCUAAAAAAUACAAAGGCAAGACCUUAGCUACCUUACCAGAAGGUAGUGUUAUUGGUACUAGUUCAUUGCGUAGAUCAGCUCAAUUAGCCAGAAACAUGAAACACUUAAAAGUAGAAAGCAUUCGUGGUAAUUUAAAUACUAGGUUAAAGAAAUUGGAUGACGAAAACGGACCUUUUGCAGCUAUUAUUUUAGCAGCAGCUGGUUUAAAAAGAAUGAAGUGGGAUGAUAGAAUAAGUCAGUUGUUAGAACCAGAAGAGGUAUUGUAUGCUGUUGGACAAGGUGCGCUAGGAGUUGAAUGUCGGGAAUCAGAUUGGAAAAUAUUAUCUCUUUUGGAACCAUUAUACGAUGUAAAUACAACGUUAAGAUGUGUAUGUGAACGUUCCUUCCUUAAAACAUUAGGCGGUGGUUGUUCAGCACCAGUUGCCGUUUCUUCGAUAUUAACAGAAAAGCAACUAACUAUUACUGGUGCAGUAUGGUCAUUAGAUGGACAAAAGCUUGUUAAAAGUACCUUUAAAAAUAUGCUAUAUAUACCUGAUGAUGAUGGAGAACCCCCAAAAAAAUGUCCAUAUCGAGAACCACAACUUUACUGUAGCAUUGCACCUGGCAAAGUAAGCAGUAUAAGUCUUAUGAUCGCCGAAAACCUUGGUAAGGAUCUUGCAGAAAGUCUUAUAGAGAAAAAUGCUCUCGAUAUUAUGACGGAAGCCAGAAGUGAAAUUUUGAACACAAAAUAGCAUUGGUAUAUAUUAAGGCAAAAAUUAGUUUUUCUUGAUGAUGAAAAAACGUCGGGAAUCAUUAAAUACAAUUUACAACAAUCAGUUCGAUUUGUAGUACAAAUCACAAUUACGAUUAUGAAGGAUCAUAUUUCAUCAUUAAUAAAAAGCAUCAAGUGUUGUAGCACAUGAAAAACUCCAUACUAAUUAUUGUACAUUUUGUCUAAUAGUUAUCAUCUUCAUUAUAUUAUUUAUGGUCUCAUACUAUUGCUUCCAUUUUAAUAAUUGUAGUUGAAACUGUACAUUUUUUUUAAAAAUUUUACUCCAUUUAUCACUGUAAAAAUGUGUUUUAACAUUUGUUUUUAAAUAUAAAUAUAUUGUAGACAACCUAUUAAAUCAUUGACUGCAAUGUGUGAGUAGAUUUAAUACUACUUUCUUAGAGGGUGUGCAGUCAAUGGGCUACUAUCGAACACAAUUUGAAUAUAUGACAUACACUGCCAUAUUUUAACUUUGAAGUGAUGCAGAAUGUUAAACUGUACAUAAUAGUUCAUAAUGUGUAUGGUUCACAUUUUUAAUAAAAUUAUGAAUGUAACAGUAGUGCUUGAAUCUAUUCCAUAAAUGUACAUACAGAUCUAUUGUUUUAGAAACAAAGAUCAUUGUCAAGAAAACUAAUUGUUUUAUACUAGUACAUAGUAUUACAAUGAGAUAUCUUUAUAAAAUACUAUAUACGUAAAAAUGAAUAUAUAAAUUUGUUAAUAUUUGGU